AUGGUCUUCACGCAUGCGUGCUUCUGCCCUGGCACCACUUGCUCGUACGGGCCUCCCGGAUCUUCGUCCGCCACUCCAUCCGUGACUUCUUCGGCAGUCGCGUCCGAAACCGCUGCACCCCAGCCUUCGCCGCCUGCUCCCUGCACUUGUACUCUUGAGUCCUACAUCAUUGUCGCUGCCACAUCCGUUGCCCUGACCUUGGUGGUUGUAAUUGUUACUCUUUGCGCUCUCCGCGCCUUCAUGCUCAAGCGAUCCCGUCAAGACGGCUCUCAGUACACGCCGCUGCAAAUGUUACACUCUGAUAUACAGGACUGCAUUUUUGUGAUUGAGUUGUUCAUGAUUCAUUCUUCCUUUUCCAUGUCCGAGCAGUUCAAGUGCUUUGCCGACGAGAGCGUGUUCGCAUUGCACGAGCUGCUGCUCGAGCCGCAGGAGACCAUCCCGCUGCACUUCCGCCAAGAUGCAGGCUUCCGUCUGCCGGCAGACCGAUGCGGAUGCCAGGGCUACGAAGUCCUGCUCAAGGACGGCGGUAUUGUCGGCGUCAAGCUUGCAUUCAGCGCAAAGGAGCCGCUGGACAAUGUGUGGUUUAUUCCGCGAACUGCCACAAGUAAAACACACCUCGCCAAGGGUGACAUGGACAUGCACGCCAUCCACCUGGGAAACUUCAAACCAAGCGAAAGUAACAAUGGCUCAUUCGAAACCAUGUUCAAGUGGAAGUUCCCAAUCGUCGCCGAUUGCAGCCUGCAUGAAACCAAGAUGCCAGGACAAGCAAGCCGCCCGUCGCAGCCGCACGCUUCACUGACGUCGCAGGGGCUUGACAAGCUGGGAAGCACCUCGUUAAUGUUAACGCCAACGUCCGCGCUGUCGGCGGCCUCUUCCCAGCACAGCAAAAGCAGUAGCUCAUCCUCCCACCUUCCUCUGACGGCUGGUUCAUCCGAAGUGUCACCACGGCGCACAUCAGAUGCAGAGCAGAGCUUUACAUUCAACUCACACGCCGAUGCGAAAUCAUCCGUCAGUUCCUCGGAUGACUUGUCGCCUUCCUCUCCCUCCUCCCCGAAUGUCAACGACCAGCGCAUGAAUCUGGUCCGGAUGCAUGACACUGCCCAGGACCAGCAAUGCAGCCUCAGCAAAGCCAUCAUGGGCCUCGUGUGUGAAGCGUCCGAAUCGGACAUUGCCGACGAUGACAGUGAAGAGCCUACGAGCCCGAACAGCGAUUCAGCCUCGUCCAAGUCCAGAGGGAGUGUGUUUAGCGUCGUCAAGCAGCGGAUAUCGACGAUUGGCCAGCGUCUGGGAGGAGGAAAAGCAUCCAAGUCUACGCGCUCCUUGGGCCCUCCUUCUUCCCCGCCAUCCCGCAAGCUUUCUCUGGUUGAAUCCAACGAAGUUGUUGCGACAAACCAGCAAACUGACUUUUCCUCCGAGCUCGGCGAUGAAGAGAGCAUCACCGAGCUUGAAGUCGACGAUGCCGGCGAGCUGGUUGCCGUCCAUGCCUCGUCCCCUCUGCUACUCUCCAAGAAAAACUUUAAGCAGUAUCGGCACGACGGUCGUCUGACAGUGUCACAGCAGUUCUAUAUUGUCGAAGGAGGUGGCCGCGUGCUGGCUCGGCUGAGGAUGCGAUUCAUUGCCACUUGUGCGCCAAUCCCGCCUCUUUGCUCGUACUGCCGCAAGAGGUUUGCCAAGUUGCGGUCUUCGUCCAACGAGCAGGCGCGCCUCGCCCCAAAGCAUCGGCAAACGGCCGACGUGCUAUUUGUGCGCUCUGAUCCCUGGAAGCAAUCUCUUUUCUACAGCCUGAUGAAGCGAGACGAUGCGCAAGUCAUCCCAUAUGUGAAAUUGAUCGAAAUGCAGGAGCGCAUGUUUGAGCACCCAAGCGCCCCUCGCGCCGUUGCUGCAACUCCCGACGACAUCAAUGAGGACUUUGAUCCUGAAGAGCAUCGCGACUUUCCUUCCGGGAUGCCUGCACAUCAGCGAGUCGGCAAGUUUUUAAACUUUACCGACUUUGAAACUCAAGUUGCCAAAAUGGUCAGUGUUGAGCAGGCAGACUCGACCAGUUUCUUGGAAGCACGAGACGGCGCAAAGCUCGCAUACCUACUUUUCAAAGCCUCGGCCGAACCGGUCGCAAUUGUGCUGUUUAUCGCGACAUUUGGCUUUGGUAGUGCCUGGUGCUUGGAUCUUGCCUCGCGACUUGCGAAAAACAAUCCCUUCCACGUCAUUGUGCAGUACGAGCGAGGCCAUGGUCCAGCUCUCGAUCCGAGCGGAGAUGCUCCGUCGAAAGAAGCGCUCUGGCGUGACAUGCGCACCAUGAUCCGAUACCUGCGGUGGAACUAUCCUGCGCUUCCGCUUGUUGUCGGAGGUCACAGCAACGGGGCUGGCAAGCUACUAAACUACAAUUCGUGGAAGUCAAGCCUGCCUGCAGAUGCCAUCUUUCUGAUCAGUCCAUUCCUGCACGAGCUGAUGCGCAGCCACAAGCGCAACAUGACCAAGAAGGAUCACUUCCAAAGAAAGCUAAACUCAAUGUCGGGCGGUCGACUCGCCGGGCACUGGAUUGCGCUUGAUCUGACCAACCAUGUCGCACGAAAGGAAAUUGCCGGACUUUGCGUUCCCACGCUCAUUUCUGUGAAUAUGAUGGCGGCAGUGCUGAUCAAGGAUGCCAAAGCGGCGUUUUCAGCCAUCUCGGUUCCCUUUGCGCUGUGGGCGGGUUCCGAGGACGAGCUGUUUCCGUCGAAGGAGGUUCUUGCUGCUGCUGAUUACUCUCCAUCGCAGAGCAAGUAUUGCAUUUACAUGCAGGUUGCUGAGGAAAUCGAGGGCGGUACGCACGUCGGAAUCGUGAAUAUGAUCGAGGACCAUCUGGCACCGUGGAUUAAGCGCAUCAUACCACCAAUCAAGGCACGUCUGGACGCCGAGCUUGCCAGGCAGGCUGCCGUGCGUGCCGCUCGACGCGAGCGUGAAACUGCAGAGGCUCCUUCAUCCUCGUCACCACCAGCAUCGACCAGCCCUAGCUCUACGAAAUUGGCAGAGGAGCGGUCUAGCACACCAUCCAUUUCAGUUUCGGCAACUGUUGACGUUUAG